AUGACAAGCUGGGAUUUCAGGCAGACUGAAUCAUCAUCACUUUCCAUAAAGAGCGGAACUCACCCGACAGCAUUUAAAAGAACAACGUCCAAUUAUUUUCAGCAGAUGAAAGGCCAAGUCGAAGAAUUUGAGGAAUAUACAAGCAAAAUCCAAGAGGAAUGUAGAAGAGAAAUACAAGACAAAACAGAUAAAAACAAUGAGAGUAACUGUGACAUCACCGUAGGAUUCUUCCUACCUGAAAUAAUGUUCAUUUUAAAUUUGUUAAACUUAGACAAAGAUGGCUGCUCCGAGACAGACAGGCAACGGACAAAUAAACCUGGACCAACGGUUGGAAUGCUGCCCCGCUGGGACUACCUUAUGUUAUUAGACUGGUCACCUCUUUAUACAUAUGGUUCUAGACUUCCUUUGAAAGGAUUCGUAGGAGGAAUUUGGACUAUUGAUAUGAAGAACUUUCAAACUGAAUUGUGGAAAUUAGUUGCAAAAGACAUAACUACAGCCAUAAGCAGCAAUGAGUGCUUCAAGUGUGGGCUGUCUGGUCACUGGGCCUGGGAAUGCCCUACUGGAGGAGGCAGUGGUCGUGGGAUGAGAAGCCAUGGCAAAGGUGGUUUCACCUCAGAUAGAGGUUUCCAGUUUGUUUCCUCAUCUCUUCCAGACAUCUGUUACCGUUGUGGUGAGUCUGGUCAGCUUACCAAGGAUUGUGAUCUUCAGGAGGAUGCCUGCUAUAACUGGAGUAGAGGUGGUCACAUUGCCAAGGACUGCAAGGAGCCCAAGAGAGAGCGAGAGCAGUGCUGUUACAACUGUGGCAAACCAGACCUACUGGCUCGUGAUUGUGACCAUGCUGAUGAGCAGAAGUGCUAUUGUUGUGGAGAAUAUGGACACAUUCAAAAAGACUGCACCAAAGUGAAGUGUUAUAUGUGUGGUGAAACUGGUCAUGUAGCCAUCAACUGCAGCAAGACAAGUGAAGUCAACUGUUACCACUGUGGAGAGUCAGGGCACCUUGCACGGGAAUGCACAAUUGAGGCUACAGCUUAA